AAAGCUAUAAAACGAUACCGUUUUAACCUUCUUCCUCCUCCAUAAACCCUAAACCCUAAAAGCUGUAUUUCUGAUACCAAACUACGAAGAGAGAGAGAGAGAAUGUCGUCGUCUGGAGAUGAAUCAAUGGCAUCGGAGAUUGAUGAACAAGAACAAAAUGGAGGAAGAGGAAUACCCGAUUACAUCAUGAACUUAGAAGACGUUCCUUCAACGCUUCCCACUCAUCUUGAACUUCAAAAAACUCGCGUUUUUUGCAAUCUCGAUGCUCCUCAACAUACAGAUACAAUACAAUAUUCUGGUGCUUAUGCAGCAUUAGGAGUUGAUAACAGUGUACGGUUGGAUAAUUUCUAUCAAAAUUUCAAGGUUGAAGUGAAACGCAUCACGGAUGAAGAAAUGGAGUUUGACAUGAUUGGUAUUGAUCCAGCAGUUGCCAAUGCUUUUCGACGAAUUCUCAUAGCAGAGGUUCCAACCAUGGCUAUUGAAAGAGUAUACAUAGCAAACAAUACAUCACUUGUACAAGACGAAGUUCUUUCCCAUAGACUGGGUCUCAUUCCUAUCGAUGCUGAUCCCAAGCUAUUUGAAUAUCCAGAUGAUGCCGGAGGUGAAAACAAUGAAAAGAACACCAUUGUGUUCAAACAACAUGUUCGUUGUGAAAAGGGUCAACCUCGUCUUACCGUGAAAUCAGAUACACUGAAGUGGUUGCCUAACGGGAGUGAGCUUAUUGCUGAAGGUACCAAAUCAGCUGCCGAUCCAGCACCAAAAACAUUUACGACUUUUAAUCAAAAGUCACUUCCUAAAUUCUCCAAAGAUCCAGCUCCUUAUAAUUUGGAUGUUAUAGUAGCUAAACUUGGACCUGGUCAGGAAAUCGAACUUGAAGCUCACGCUGUCAAAGGCAUUGGUAAGACACAUGCGAAAUGGUCUCCGGUUGCUACUGCUUGGUAUCGAAUGCUUCCCGAGGUUGUGCUCACGAAAGAUGUUAAGGAUGAGUUGGCCGAAGAACUAGUAAGCAAAUGUCCAGCUAAAGUAUUUGAUAUAGAAGAUAUUGGAAGAGGUAGAAAAAAGGCUGUGGUAAAAAACGCGCGAGCAUGCACUCUGUGUAGGGAAUGCAUAAGAGAAGCGGAUGAAGGCGAAGAAGGAGGAGAAGGGGAAAAAUGGACUGAUCGUGUAUCACUUCGUCGUGUCAAAGAUCAUUUCAUUUUUACUAUUGAAUCAACUGGAGCAAUACCACCGGAUGUGCUAUUUACUGAAGCUGUGAAGAUUCUGGAAGAUAAGUGCGAACGAGUGAUUACGGAGCUUUCUUGAUUCUUCUUUUUGCUUUGUCCUAAAAUGAAUGAAAAGGAAAAAUUCUGUACAUGAUCAGUUCGGUUAUUAUUUUAUAUUAUUUUCAGUGACAAAUUGAAACUAUAUGAAAGUUCACUCAUUGUUGGGAUGUGCAUGUGACAUGUCUAUAGACAUGAUCAGUUUUGUUUGUACCGUCCAAAUCUUAGGGGCUUAACAUAAUUGAUUUUAUGAAAAAAGGAAUGAAUGCAUUGAAUGACACCCGGUUUGAGAAA